AUGGAGAUUGAAACAAAGUUAAUCUCAAUCAAGACCAUCAAACCAUCAUCUCCAACCCCAAAAUCUCUCCAAAAAUACCAACUUUCAUUUCUCGAUCAGCUUGCUUUCACAACAUUCAUCCCCUUUGUCUACUUCUACACACCAAACCCUAAUUUUUCAAAAUCCCUAAAAUCAAACCAGCUGAAGAAAUCCCUAUCGGAGGCCCUCUCCAUAUACUACCCCCUCGCCGGCCGCCUCGUCGGCAACCUCUACGUCGAAUGCAACGACGCCGGCUUCGCCUUCAUCGAAGGCGAAGCCGACUGCGACGUCUCGCAGUUCAUCGCCGAUCCGAACGAUAAGAGCUUGGAGAAGUUUUUACCUCAGAACAAGACAAAAGAGUUCCACAAUCUUUUCCUGGCUGUUCGGGUAACCUAUUUCCGAUGCGGCGGCGUCGGCGUCGGGAUCGUUCUCUCGCACAAGAUUGUCGACGGAUUAUCGUCUCUAUCGUUUGUUAACACGUGGUCCGCCUUGGCUAGAGGCGGAGGCGGGGACGCGACGCUCCCGAAUUUCGACGUCGCCUAUGCUCCGCCGCUCGACAUCCUCAGCUUCGAGCCUCCGGUUAUGGAGUUGGCUACGGAAGAGGUCAUCUGCAAAUUCAUCACGUUCUCGGCAUCCGAGAUCGCCAGCCUUCAGGAAAGGUGA